AUGGGCAUUGUUGACUAUUUCAGUCGACCGCGUGGCCUUCAGGCACAUGGUGGUGCUGAAACGCCUACCAUGGAAGCCCCAAAAGUAAUCGAGCCUAAUGUAAUCUCUAGUCCGGACUUCUCGGGCGCUGUUACACCUGCACACAUGCUUCCUUCCCCAGCCGGCAGCGAAGAUGCUCUUAUUUUUGAGAAGAUCCCUCAUCAGUUUGGCCGCCUCGGUUCUUGGAAAGGGUCUUUGAUUUUGCUUGUCACCUCCGGUUCUCAAUUUCUAGACAAUGUCUUCAUGACAAGCGCCAACAUUGCCUUGUCGUCAAUUCAACAAGACUUUGAUGUGUCUAGUACCGAUUUGCAAUGGAUGAUUUCUGCAUACACUUUAUCAUUUGGUGGCUUCCUUUUGUUAGCCGGUGCUUUAUCCGAUCGCUAUGGACGAAAGAAGAUCCUUUGUUUGGGCCUUGCCUGGCUUUCUGUGUGGACCCUGGCCAUUGGAUUCGGGCAGUCCUUUAUUCAACUCACGGUAUUCCGUGGCAUCCAAGGAAUUGGAGCUGCGAUGACUGUGCCAUCGGCUAUUGGAAUCAUCAGCUCCUACUUCAGUGGUGUUGAUCGCACCCGUGCACUGUCUAUCUAUGGAGCCUCGGGGACCCUAGGGUUCUGCACCGGCCUCAUCUUUGGCGGUUUCUUGACCUCAUCGUUGGGUUGGAGGUACAUCUUCUAUCUGAUCGUCAUAAUCACUGGGUCCUUGGGAAUUUUGGGCUUUAUCGUCCUUCCAAGCGAUGUUCCUUCCGAGAAGAAGCAUGAAAGAAUGGAUUAUAUUGGCGCAGUGAUGUCGACAGCUGGGCUGAUCCUUCUCCAAUUCGUGCUUUCCAGUGGUGGAACCUAUGGUUGGGACCAGCCGUUCAUUAUUGUGCUGCUUAUCUUGGCCGUUGGUCUUCUUGUUGGAUUCACAAUCUUUGAAAAAUACGUCAGCAACCCUAUCAUGCCGCUUUCUUUGUGGAAGAUUCGCAAUUUUGCUGGUCUGUGGGUUAUUGGUUUCACUGGCUAUGGUACCUACCAAAACGUGAUUUACUAUAUCGUCCUUAUGGCACAGGAAGUGGACAAGCUUUCUGCUGGUGAUACUGCACUUCGCUUCUUGCCCAUGGGAGCAAUUGGCUUCAUUGUUUCUCUUGGAACAGGAAAACUUCUGGAAUUCAUGAAUGGAAAGCACCUCCUCAUUAUAGGACUGGUUCUGGCUGUGGUCGCCCCUAUCUCAAGUGCUUUGACUUCCAAUCCUGAAGCAGGCUUUAUCUCAUCCGUGUCUUUCAUCUUCGUCACAACAAGUACUGUGGUACUUACCAGUGUACCAGUCGAAGUCAAGAGUCUUGCUGGCGGAAUGCUCAACACUGCAUUCCAAAUUGGCUCUGGUGUUGCAUUGGCUAUCUCGGCGGCUGUUACCGAUGCUGUCGACAUCCAGCAAGGACACAGUCUCGCGGAGCAAUACGCGACCGGUCUCUGGUGCUCUGUCGGUCUAGCUGGGCUGGGGCUGGUAAUUGGUUUGUUUGCGGUUCGACACAAAGGUAUUGGACCAAAAGAUAGAUUGGGUGCUGGCCCAGUUGCUAUCUAA